UUCAAUUUGAAAAAUUAAACAAUAAUCAUUUUUCGUUGGUACUACGAGGAACUAAGAUGUAUGAUUCUAAGAAUCGAAUGAUCAAUGGCCACACUACUUUGCGGUUCCCAGAAAAUACCAGAAAUUCAAGAGUGAAUAUAGAUGUACAUAAAUUCAUUACACCUCUGGAAAUAAGUAAACAAACUUUUGAAAUGAGUCAAUCGGGAAGUCAUUAUGUCAGUUUGGCAAUAUCUAAAUGGUCAGAAAAUUAUACAGGCAACGCGGUCAUACCAUUUUUGGAUAUGCAACCAGUCAAUGUAUCUCCAGCAGUACCUCUAGGAGGACUUGGGUUAUUUUACAAAAGUCAACCUGGCUAUGGCGGGUUUUUGGCUUUCAAACAUAUCUCUCCAAAAUUUAUGCAUUUUAUUAGCGAAGACUAUGCCGAUAAAUUGACUAUCGCAUCUACUUCUGCUUAAUCAUUGAAUAUUCAUUAAUGUCUACACGCAGAUGAUGUUACAGUAAAACUUACACAACUUUGGAUACUGUGGUAACUUAUAGUACAUGUAUACAUGCAUAUAUGCACAGAAAAAAACGGAUUUCUUGGCACAAAAAAUUUUCACUCGUCUCAAGAAAUCUUGUGCAGUAUGAAUUGAAAACGAAAAUUUUCUUGAGGCGAGAAAACAUUUUUUUAUGGCAAGAAAAAGUU